GGACAGGGCCGACCGAACGCCAGCCAUUCCCUCGGAGACCUCCCAGAAGUUGCCUCCCAGCAUCCCGGCGGCGGCCGGCGCUGCGGCCCGCGACUGGCGGCCCGAGCUGCACUGCCACCCUUCGCCCGCGGCGAACGUGCCCAUGGACGCGCUCGGGGCCUGGGCCCGCCACUCCUCGGAUCCGGUGCACUCCAUGGCGCUCGGCCUCUCGCCUGGAGAGGCUGCCGGCACGACGAGGAUGAAGCGCGCCGCCACGGCCAGCGAAGGCGUGGGCUCGGUGACUACCAGGCGGGGCCGCUUGGCGACACGUGCCCCGGUCCAGAGCAGCGACCUGGAGGUCAGUGACCACCUGGGCAAGCUGCUGAAUAUCGGAAGCGAGCUCUUCGAAGCCACGGAUGACGGCGAGGCGAAUCCAAAAGUCGGCAACGUGGGCACGUCAGCCCUCGGCCAGCACGGUUCAAACACUCCCUCGAAGGCAUCCGAUGUAUCGACCUCGAGGUCAGGGAUGAGGCGAGUGCUGUCUGGCAUCUCCCUGAUGCCGCGGCUCAAGGGUAAGCCGCUCAGGUCCCCGAAGCGGGCCGACAAGGCUCUGGAUGGCCUCAAGGAGGCCUCCAGCAAGGCCUCGGGCAGCCAGCACGCAGGCGUCCUCGGCAAGCGCCAGCACGAGCUCGACGUGACCUUCGACACCAGCUACGACGUGUAUGUCCUUGAGGAGAAGAGGGUGCGCGUCCGCCCGAUGGAGGACAACGUGUUCCACCACCGGCCCAUGGCGGAUGCUGUCAGCAGCACCACCAUCUCCGACGCCAGCAGUGACCAUUCCGCGUCUUCGACGGGCUCCAAGGCCUCGCUGCGAGGUGGCCGGUCGGGGCGAAGCGAUCCCUCGGCCUUGGCUCCGCCGGAGGCCUUCGCGUCGAUUGCCUUGAGCCAGGUCAGCCUCAGCCAGACGGCCAAGGGCCAGCAGGUGAUCGCCACCUGGGGCGUCUUCGUCGGCAAGCUGCUGCACAGUAGGGUCCUCUGCUUCGGCGACGUCGCGAACGAGACCCUGCACAAGAAAAGAUACGGGACUGUGAAAACUUCCGUUCUGGGCUCGGUGCGCCAGCGCGCGCGGCUUGUUGUCGAGCAGGCCGUCAAGAUGGCCAAGUUUGUCGGCACAGAGCAGGAGGACAAGCAGGAUUGCGAGUGGCAGACAGGCGACAGCACGCUGAAGAAGUUGUUCAGCGACCAGUACGUGGACACGCUGGCCCUGCUCGCCAACGGGGCCCGCAAGAUCUGCACCGUGCAGCCAGCACUGGCGCGGGCUACGGUCCCUGCCAGGGUCUUCGGCGACAUCCACGGCCAGCUCCGUGACCUGCUGCUCUUCUUCUGGGCCUACGGCACCCCCUACGAGCACAACGCCCCUAGCGUCGUCUUCAACGGGGACUUCGUGGACCGCGGGGCCCACCAGCUGGAGGUGGUGGGCCUGCUCCUGGCGCUCAAGUGCCUGCUGCCCGAGAAGGUGUGGCUGGUCCGCGGGAACCACGAGGACCGGUCCAUGAACCGGAAGUACGGCUUCGCGGACGAGUGCUCGCGGCGCCUGGGCGCCGAGAUGGGGCCGAAGUUGUUCGACAUUUUCCACAGCGCUUUCGACUACCUGCCCGUCGCCUGCCUGAUCCAGGGCAGCGUGCUGGUCGUGCACGGGGGCAUCGGGGACGGCAACUGGAAGCUGAGCGACCUGCAGGCGGUGAAGCGCCCCCUUCGGGAGGCCGAUCUGGCAGACCCGCAGAACGUGUGGCUGUUCAACCUGCUGUGGUCCGACCCCAUCGAGGACGACGACAAGCGGUCAAACGUGUUCGGGGUGCACAGCUCGCCUCGGGGCGGCAUGACGAUGAACUUCGGGUGGAACGUGACCAAGACCUUCUGCGCCAGGAACGGGCUCAGCCUCAUCGUUCGCAGCCACCAGUCCAAGAGGGGCAGCCUCGGUUUCGAUAUCAUGCACGAGAACCUGCUCGUCCGUGUCUUCACCGCGCGGGACUACGAGGGGCAGGGCAACGACGGCGCCGUCCUCCUGAUCGACGAGGAGGAGCGCACAGACGGCGCAGCGCAGCAGCAGCUCGUAGUCAGGCCGCAGGUGCUGCAGUCGCUCAGAAGGGCGAGCAAGCCGCCCGCGCGCCCGGACGGGAAAAAACCAUCGUGGACAUCCGAUGGGAGCGAGCGGCGGCCCUCGAAGGGCGCGAGGCAGCCCGGCGAGACCGCCCCCGACAGCCACUGAACACCACCCCGGCGGCCCAGUGGCUGUUCCAGGGGCCGCCGGGAUGAGGCCAUCGCUGGCAGCCUAGAGGUGAGGCUAACGCUUCGCCGGGAUGGGCCGCGCCAUGGUUCACCCCUCCUUCUCAAGCAGUGGCGAAGCGUCCUGCUCCUCCUUUCCUCCCUCCUCCUCCUCCUCCCUCCUCAUUCCUGUUCGAUGUGGUUUCGUGGGUCCAAAUCGGAUAGUGGUCCUGACCCUCUGGGCACGGAGCGGGCGGUGACGCGUGCGCAACAGACCCCCAGAGUCGCUUGUGGGUCGACCGCGGGCACUUGCCAAGCGCGUCAGUUAUGCGGCCGACUCUCGGAACCAGCGCCAGUCGCGUUUUUCAGGGUUUUGUGCGAUGCGGAAGCCUGCGGUCGCAUGCUAGGAGAAGGCGUGGAUGAGGCCGUUCCCGUGCGGCGCCGCACAUCGCGAUGUGGCGGUGGAUGCGGCAUCGCCAGAUGGCGGUUGGGGAGGGGGGGGUCGUCGGGUGUGGCUGGU